AUGUGUAGCUCUAAGGGUGAGAUUGUCCAAUUGAAAGAGCCUGUUAAAAUUACAGACAAAGUUGAACAAUGGUUAUCUAAUUUGGAUCAGCAAAUGUUCAAAACUCUUGAGCAACUAUUGAUUGAAUGUGAUAAGUCAAAAGAAUUCGAUAUUGACGCUUUUCCAUCUCAAAUUCUUUGCCUCCAAGAGAGCAUCAAUUUCACAAGAAAGUGUGAACAAGCCGUUCAGAACAAGACUCUGCAACAACUUCUUGCAAGUCUGAAAAAUCAGUUAAACCAAUUUACUGCCAUUAAUGCAAAGGAUGAUGAGGUUAUUUCCAUGAAAGUCAAAGCAUUGAUUUUAGAUAUAAUCCACAACAUUGACGUUGUUGAAGCUUUAAUCAAAGCUAAUGUAACUUCAGUGGCACAUUGGGUUUGGCAGAAACAGCUUCGAUUCUACAUUGAGAAUGGAAAAUGUGUUAUUAGGAUGAGCAAUGCUAAAUUUAAUUAUACUUAUGAAUAUCAAGGAAAUGUUGCCAAACUUGUUCAUACUCCGCUCACUGACAAGUGUUACUUGACAUUAACACAAGGAAUGCUCUUAGGAUAUGGUGGCAAUCCUUAUGGACCUGCAGGAACAGGAAAAACUGAAAGUGUGAAGGCUCUUGGACAUUUAUUUGGACGUCAGGUGCUUGUCUUCAAUUGUGAUGAAGGUAUCGAUUUUAACAGCAUGGGUAGAAUAUUUAUAGGAUUGGUGAAAUGCGGAGCUUGGGGUUGUUUUGACGAAUUUAACAGAUUGAAGCCUGAUCAACUGUCAGCAAUCUCCCAACAAAUUCAAGUAAUCCAAGUUGCAAUUAAGGAAAAAUCAACCAAGCCAAUAGAAUUACUCGGCAAUAAGGUGAAUGUGAAUUUGAACGCAGGUAUUUUUGUGACUCUCAAUCCUGCAGGCAAAGGAUACGGAGGUAGAAGUCAACUACCAGAUAACUUGAAACAACUUUUCAGAUCUGUGGCAAUGGCUGCUCCUGACAAUGAGCUUAUCUCUGAAGUGAUUUUACUUUCUGAAGGCUUCCAACAUGCCAAAUACUUGGGAAAAAAAAUUGUAAGCGUUUUUCAACUCAGUAAGCAAUUAUUGAGUACUCAACAGCACUACGAUUGGGGAUUACGUUCUCUGAAAACAAUUUUGAACAUUGGUGGAUCUCAAAUUAGACAAGCAAGAAAACACACCGAAAAUAUCAGCAAGGAGACGGAGGCCCAAAUCGUGAUCAAGGCACUACGGGUCAACACACUCUCAAAGCUUACUCACAAAGACGCUGUUUUAUUUAACGGUAUCAUCAAGGAUGUAUUCCCAGGCGUUGAUUCUCCAGACAUCUCAUACAUUGAACUUGAAAAAGCAAUUAAGGAUGUAAUGAAUGAAAUGGGUCUCGUUCCAAUACCAAACAUGAUUAAGAAAAUUGUUCAAUUUUAUGAAGCUUGCAAACAAAGGAUGGGUGUAGUUUUGGUUGGUCCAAGUGGAUCUGGUAAAAGCGUCAUUUGGCAUGUACUUUCAGAGGCUCUAAAAAAGAUCAACCAAAAGAUGAAAACGUACGUCGUUAAUCCAAAAGCGAUGCCAAGACAUCAACUUUUGGGUCAUAUGGAUAUGGACACAAGAGAAUGGUUUGAUGGAAUUAUUACUGCAAAUUCUAGAAAUAUUCUCAAAGAAGAGCCAGAUGUCAUAUCAUGGAUGAUUUGUGAUGGUGAUAUUGAUCCAGAAUGGGUAGAGUCCUUAAAUUCUGUGUUGGAUGACAACCACUUACUCACAAUGCCUUCUGGAGAGAGAAUUCAAUUUGGUUCCAAUGUAAACUUUAUCUUUGAAACUCACAGUCUAAAAUUUGCCUCUCCUGCAACAGUUAGUAGAAUGGGUGUCAUAUUUCUAUCGGAUAAUGAUGUAGACGUAAAGAGUUUUGUUAGUGCUUGGAUGAACAGUCACGAACAUUUGAGUGAUAAUGUCAAGUCUUUGAUCGAUAAUUAUUUCUACUCAGCUCUUGAAAUAGUUUUCAACAUUGACAAAUCAGAGUUCAUAAUUGAGACUACUAAUAUGGGCAUCAUCAUGAAUGGACUAUCACACAUUUACCCGGAUAUUUCAAGCAAAGGCGAGUUUGCAUGCGCACUUGUUCGUGGAUUAGGUGCAUCUCUAAACAUCAAAGCUAGAGAAAAGUUGGCAAAAGAUAUUUAUACUUUGUGUGGCGAGAGUGGAGUCGAUUUGAGACGACCACUUGAUUUUUAUUACUCUAAAGAGGAUUCAUGCUUUACUCAGUAUUCCUUUAAUGACUCUGGAGAUAUUAGUUUUGAUAAUCUUCAAAGUUGUCCAAUGAUACGAACAGUAGACGUCCAAAGAAUCACAGAUAUCAUUUAUCCUUGGUUGCAAAAUAUGGAACCAUUUAUUUUGUUAGCUCCAGAGGGUGCAGGUAAAGGAAUGCUUUUGGAAAAUCUUUUCCUUGAAUUGCCUUCCAUUCAAAUUGCUAGAAUCCACUGUAAUUCACAAACAAAUGAGAGUCAUGUAAUCCAAAAACUAAAUCAAACAUGUGCUAUAUUUACAACUAACAAUGGUAGGGUUUUGAGACCAAAGGAAGGAGAGAGAUUAAUACUCUACUUAAAAGAUAUUAAUUUACCAUGUCCUGACAAGUAUGGAACUACUCAGCUGAUUUCAUUUUUGCAACAAUUAAUAACUUAUAAUGGUUAUUAUGAUGAAGAAUUGAAAUGGAUUGGUUUGGAAAGAAUUCAAAUUGUAGCUUCAAUGAAUCCUGCGACCACUGUUGGAAGGUAUGAGCUAACAAGCAGAUUUACUUCUAUUGUAAGAACAGCAUACAUGUCCUAUACGGACAAGCAACAAUUGAAGCAAAUCGUUUUUACAUAUCUAAAAGCUGCUCUUUCUAAAGACUUUGCUGGCCACGCUAUUUGGAAGCAAAGCCAAAACAUUGAUUUGCUAACCGAGGUUAUGAUAGAACUUUAUGAUAAUGUAACCAAGAAAUUUACAGUAGACGAAUUUGCUCAUUACCAAUUCACACCAAGAGAUUUGAUAAGAUGGAUUUUAGGGCUGUCUAACUUUAGUAUUCCUUCAACAAGCAACAGAUGCACAGAACUGUUGGAUGCAUGGACAUAUGAAGCAAGAAGAAUAUUUAGAGAUAAACUAGUGAAGGAUGUAGCUGCUUUUGACACUAUUGAAUCAGCUAUUCACAUGAAAUUAGAAAGCAUUGGAUACUCCCCUAAAAUGUUGGGCAAAAUUUUAUUCACAAGUCUUGCUACAACAGACAAAAAGAAAAUUCUUUGUCCUGCCAAAACUCUUGAAUUUGGUAACUUUUUGGGAUAUUCAGGAACAGCAAAAAGAAGUACCUUGAAAAAGACUGCCAUUCAAAGCUUUGAAAGAGAAAAUAGACCGCUGAGAUUAUUCUUUGUUCCUGAAAUUGUGGAAUAUAUUGCUAUGAUUGAUAGAGUGCUGUGCAGAGAUGGAAGCUCAUUACUUCUUGUUACAAAACCAGGCAUUGGCACAAGCGACAUUGUCGCCUUAGUUUGUCAUCUCUUGAAAUUUGAACUUUAUUCACCAAAGAUGGUCGUUGGCUACUCUGUGAAGCAUUUCAAAAACGACAUCAAAGCAAUCAUACAAAAGGCUGCUCAGAAUGAAAAAAUAUGCCUACUACUCGAAGAUCACAACAUGAGAGAAUUGGCUCUGCUUGAAUAUGUCAACAGUCUGUUAAGCUCUGGAGAAAUUCCUGGGUUGUUUUCCAAGGAAGAAUUAGAAAUCAUACUUUCAACCAUUAGAGACGAAAGUAAUCAGCCAAGUUCAGCAUAUAGCUCAUUGAUUAAGAGAGUAACAAACAACUUGCGAGUAAUUUUGGUUAUGGAUCCAGACAACAAAGACUUUGACUUGAAAUGCAGGUCCAAUCCGGCUAUUUUCACCAAAUGCUCUAUUAUUUGGAAAGAUAACUGGUCCACUGAAGGAAUUCAACAAAUUCCCAAAAUGAUUGUUGAUGAAAAUGACCUAAAGUCUCUUUCUUUAAAGAGUGACGAAUUUUUGCAAUUGUUUGUCCAAAUACACGAAAUAAGCAAGGAUAGAGGAGCAUCACCUCUUCACUUUAUUAACUUUAUUGACACCUUCAACAUCACACUUCAAAAGAAGAGAACAGUUAAACAAGAGCAACAAGAUCACUUGCACAAGGGUCUCUCCAAGUUGAAAGAAGCAUCUAAGAGUGUGGAUGAAUUGUCCAAAAAAGCUGAACAACAAAAGAUUCAACUCAACGAAAAACAAGAACAGAAGAAAGUGGCCCUCGUUGAAAUUCAAAAGAGCAUGCAAGAAUCCGUCAAAGAACAAAGUGACAUUGAAAAAUUGAAAGAGAAAAUGAAAGAAGAGGAGUUGAAACUGAAUCAAAAGAAAGAAAUUAUUAAUUCAAAACUUAGCUCAAUAGAACCAUUACUAGACAGUGCUAAACAAGCCGUUGCUGCUUUGAGUCCAAAAGAAAUUUCUGAAAUCAAAAGUCUUGCUCAGCCUCCAGUCACUAUUAGGCAAAUUAUGGAAGGUGUGGUGAGAUUAAUGGGUCAGAAAGAUUACUCUUGGAAAGGAAUUCAGAAUUUCUUGAAUCGUAUGGGUGUCAAAGAACAAAUUAUGGGCUUUAAUGCUGAAUCUGUUGACAAAAAAACACUCGAAGAUGUCAAAAAGUAUGUUAACGGAGAAGGAGCUGAAUCGUUCCAACCUGAGGUGGCAGCUAGAAGCAGCAAAUCUGCCCUUCCUCUUGCCAAAUGGGUAAAAGCAAACAUCGAAUAUGCUGAAGUUCUCCAACAAGUAGGUCCUCUUAAAAGAGAAAUGGAAGUUCUUGAAAAAUCUCAAGAUUUGUUGAAUCAACAACUUUCUCAAUGUGAAGCAAAACUCAAUGCUCUUAAUGAAAAGGUCAAAUCAUUGCAGGAUGAGUAUGAACAAAAGACACAAGAAGCAGAAUCGUUGAAAUUAGGAUUGCAACAAGCUGAAAAGACUCUUUCAUCGGCUAAGAGUCUCAUUGGCAAGUUGGGAGGAGAAAAGGAUAGAUGGGAAAAACAAGUCGAUGCUCUCUCUAAGGAAAUGAAGGAAAUGCCAUACCAGGCGUUGCUUGCGUCUGCAUUCAUGGUUUACCUUCCUGAUGCUCCUGAAAACAUUCGACAAGAAUAUAUUGAAAAAUGGAAACCAAUUGCAGGGCUCAAACAGUUUGACUUUAGAUCAUUUAUGAGCACUGAAAGUGAAAUGUUGAAGUAUAAGAGCGAGGGAUUACCUGGAGAUGAAUUAUCUAUAGAGAAUGCCAUUGUUAUACUCGAGAGUAUCAAACAUCCUCUCAUCAUUGAUCCUUCAAAACGAGCAGUUGAAUGGUUAAAGACUCACUUGAUGAACAAGAGUAUUGAAUGCACAACUCCAAAUGACUCUAAAUUCAGUACAACAUUGGAAUUGUCAGUACGAUUCGGAAAAACAUUGAUCAUUGAAGAAGUGGAUCAUAUCGAUCCAAUUCUUUAUCCAUUGCUUAGAAAUGAGAUUAUUGUUCAGGGAACGAGAAAGUCAGUAGUAGUGGGAGAGAAAACUGUUGAUUAUAGUGAUGACUUCAAGUUAUACUUGAUUACAAGAAAUCCUAAUAUUUUGCUUUCUCCUGAUUCUUCACCAUUGGUUACUGUUGUGAACUUUACAGUCACCAAGUCUGGACUUGAAGGCCAAUUAUUGAGCCAAACUCUUCAACAUGAAAAUCCAGAAAUUGAACAAAAGAAGAGCAUGCUUCUCAAGAAAGAAGAAGAAAAUAAGAUACAGUUAAGUGAAUUGGAAAAACAACUGCUAAACGAGCUUGCAUCUUCAAAGGGUAAUCUUUUAGAAAACGAGUCUCUCAUCGCAAAGUUGGCAGAAAUUAAGAAAAAGAGUCAGAGUAUCAUGAGUAGUUUGGAGGAGUCAAGUAAGAUUAUGCAAGAUUUAGAAACCAAAAGAAAUCAGUACAAACCUUUUGCAGAAAUGGGUAGUACUCUAUUUUUCAUUAUGACAGACAUGAAGAAUAUCAACGCAAUGUAUCAAUUCAGUCUAUCCUCGUUUAUCAAGUUAUUUGAUCAUGCUUUAACUUCAAAACUUGAUAAGGCGUCUGAUGUGAACUUACGUAUGACUCUAUUGAAACAAGAACUUCAAAAGAUUGCAUUUAAUUAUGUGACUAGAUCAUUGUUCAAAGCUGACAGACAAUUAUUCGGUAUGCACAUGGUACAUGGCUUGUUCCCGUCAUUAUUUACCCCACAACAGUGGGAUUUCUUUAUUGGUAACAUUGUUGUGAAAGAACAAUCAUCGAUUAGCCAAAUUCCGAACUGGAUUCCAGCAGAUAGAGUCAAAGCUUUACAACUUCUUGUUUCCUUCCUUCCAGAUAUUUCUUCUAAACUUCAAUUCAACAAUGCAGAGAAAUGGAAGUCUUGGAUUCUUUCAAAGGAAGACGCAAUCAAGUCGUUCCCUGUCAAUGAUAACUCAAUCUCUUAUGCCGACAAAUUAAUUGUCAUCAAGACGUUACGACCAGACCAAUUGUACUUUGUUAUUUCUGACUUGAUUAUGAGAACAUUGGAUAUUAAGUCCACAGCUUCAUCCUUAAAACUUUCAAACAUUUACAAACAAGAAAGUACUUGUAUGGAACCUAUUCUUUUAAUAACUACUACAGGUGCUGAUCCAUCUCAAGAACUUCGAGAGAUGGCUCUCGAAACUGUUGGUGAUGCUAACUUUAUUGAACUUGCCAUGGGUCAAGGCCAAACAGAAGAAGCCAUCCAACUGUUGAGAAAAUGUUCAAGAGAAGGAAAGUGGUUAUUCUUGAAGAAUUUGCACCUUGUUAUCUCAUGGCUUCCAACAUUGGAAAAGGAAAUUGCUGUUCUGUCAGACGUGAAUGAAAACUUUAGACUAUGGCUUACCACAGAAUCUCAUGAAGAAUUCCCUAUAAUCCUUCUUCAACAAAGUUUGAAACUCACAUUUGAGUCUCCUCCAGGUAUUAAGCAAAACAUGUUAAGAACCUUUGAAUCUCAAAAUGUGUCCGAAUUUUCAUCGUAUGGCAAGACAAGAAUGAGAUUGUCCAUGUUACUUGCUUGGUUCCACUCAAUAGUGCAAGAACGAAGAACAUACAUUCCACAAGGUUGGACUAAAUUCUAUGAAUUUUCAUCUUCAGAUUAUAGAGCUGCUUCUGAUAUUAUUGGAUAUGCUAUUCAAAACGAAAAUCCUGAAUGGAACACAAUAUUUGGGCUUUUAGAGAAUGCUAUUUAUGGAGGUAGAAUCGACAACAAGUAUGAUGCAAAGAUUUUGAAUGUCUAUCUUUCUAAAUUCUUUAAUCCAAACAUUCUCAACAACAAGGAACCUCUAUUCACCAAAGGAGUUUAUUUACCAGAAAGUAACUCUUUUGACGAUUACAUCAAAUUCAUUGAAAAGCUUCCUGAUUCUGAUCAACCUGUAGUUUUUGGCUUACCUCCCAAUGCUGAUAGAUUGGUUCAAAGUUCUCUCGGUUCCAAGAUUAUUGACAAUCUCAAACAAUUAUCCACUCGAUCUAGAUCUGCAAAUAUUUUCAACAAAGAUGAAUGGACCUCCAAGCUUGUUCCAAUUGUUCAAUUGUGGGGAUCUCUCAUCAAUCAAAACAGAUCCAUUCUUUUAUCUUCCAAACGCAAUAACGAAAUUCUCACAGAUCCUGUUGAUUCCUUCUUUACUUUGGAGAUGGACAAUGCAUUGGAAUUGAUCAAAUUUAUUGAUUCUGAAAUUCAAAAGAUUAGUGAUGUAAUCAAAGGAAUUGCUUUAAUAGAUACCUCCAUCCAUCAAAAUGGAGUGUCUUUGAUGAAUGGCACUAUACCUGAGAGAUGGCAAUUAAGAUGGGAAAAUGGUCCAUUCAACAACGUUACUGCUUGGAUCAAUGAAGUAAUUUCCAAGACUCUCAAAUUGCAUGAAUAUUGUUCACUCAUUUCACAAGGCAAGCUCUACUCCAAGCCAAUCGAACUCAACAACAUGUUCAGUCCUCACAUCUUCUUCAAUGCUCUCAAACAACAAACUGCCAGGAAGUCUGGAUUGCAAUUAGAUGAUUUGACUGUUUUGAGUGCAUUAUGGGCCUCGAAGAAUGUAUCAGGCCUUUCCAAUAAGGUUGGAAUUAAGGGCAUUGCCGUUCAAGGUGCAGAAUUUGAUGGACAAACAUUGACCAAUAUCACCUCAGAUUCUGCUCCUGCACUUUCUCCGUUACCAUCAUGUGAAGUGUUUUGGGCAACCGAAAAACAAAUGGAAGAUCUCAGACAAAAGAAGGAAAUUGCUGCUGUGAAUCUUCCUCUUCCAAUUUAUUAUUCAACGAACCGUGAAUUCACUGUGGCUGAAUUGUACAUGCCAUGCAACUCGACGUCAGAUGUUGAUAAAUUUGUGUUGACUGGUGCUGCUAUUUUUGUGGACAACAAUGCACAAUAA